UAGAUAGAUAAAUAGAUAGACAGACAACAGACAGACAGACAGACAGGCAAGCAGGCAGACUGACAGACAGACAGACAGACAGAUCACUAGUUUACGUGUCUGUUCCUAAGAGAAAGCUAUUAAGAUAUCGGUUAAACGGUCAUUAGAAUUAACCUGAUGCAGGUCAAGGUUUUACGAAGCAAACACCAAUAUAAGGAGCUCACCUGUCAUUUCUUCUCAGCAAAUCUCAAAGAUGGAAACAAUAACUGACUUCGUUUCUGGCGAGGAAAAACCAAAAGUCAAAUCUGAAGCUUCGUCCAAGAACUUAGAUAUCGAAGACGUCUUUGAGGAAUGCGGUGGAUAUGGCUACUUCCAACUGCUCUUGUCUCUCGUGAUUAUAUUUUUUGUUAUAUGUAAUGCCAUGUUAUAUAUGUCCAUGGUUUACAUUGGAACACAAAUUCCUUUCACUUGCUUUCCACCUGAACUCAAUAGUUCUUUGAUCCCUGAAAAUACCACCUCCGAAGAAUUCUUGGAGGUGUUAAAUUACAAAAUCGACCAAUGUUCUGUUAUUGAUUUACAACUGAAUGACACUUCCUAUGAUUUGUCAUCGAUAAAUUCCACGAAGCCACGGAACUGUGAGAGACGACGUUUCGAUACGAGAGACAUGUCAAGCAUUGUUUCAGAGUUUGAUUUAGUCUGUGAAAGAAGUUGGUUGAAAAACACUGCCUUUUCUGCGCUAUUUAUUGGCUGUCUUGUAGGCUCACUAGGAUUUGGCAUUCUUGCCGACAGAUUCGGCCGACGUCCUUUAUUUUUCGUUGGAUUAGUCAUAUUUUUGACUGCUAAUAUCAUCAAAGUAAACUCACCGUCUUUGCUACUGUUUAAUAUUGUGUACUUUUUUGAAGGAUUAGGACAGUCCGGAAGUUACUUUUGCACUUAUUCACUCAUGCUUGAAAUGCUUUGUCUGCAACAUCGAAUGCCCCUCAAUUUUACCCUACAUUGUGCCUUUCCUCUCGGAUCAAUGUGUCUAGCAGGUUCUGCCUAUGCAAUUCGGAAUUGGCGACACUUACAAUAUGCCAUUUGUCUUCCACAUUUCAUUUUCUUUUUCCUAUGGAAGUAAGUAAACCAUCUUAUUGAAAAUCACUAUUAAUAAAGCGAUAGCUAUUAUUAUUUUAUGAAAACUCUCAGCUUAUUUUGUUGGAUUGUAUAUGAUGGAAAGCGUCAGCUGUCCACAGCCAGCAGACUAAGGUGAAACUUGUUAACUGGUCAUGCUUCAAGAACCCUUCGAAGAAUUCUUGUAGUUCCAAGCAAUGCUCAUUUUUGUAGGUGUUCUUUCACACUUGUAUCAAUCUUGUGGAGCCAUUUUGGUUUUUGAGUGGUGAUACUUCCAAGUGCACCAAUUUCUAUUGGUACCACGUCUACUCUCCUCAUUGACCACAACCUUCGUAUUUCCCACUUCAAAUCGUCGUCGUUGUUCAGUUUUUCUUUUUUUCUCUUUGAUUCUGCUGUCACUUGGACAUGCUAUGUCGAUUAUCAGACAAGUUUUUUCUUUUUUUAUUCAACCAACAAUUUCCGGUUUCUGAUGUCUGGUCAGGUGGUCACACUGAAUCAUUGCAUCCUAUAGGAUUUUGCAAUCUUCAUUCUCCUCUUGGGGUUUGCUCAUACCACAUAUUUGCUCUUUGUAGGCCGUGAUUUCCACAGAGCGCCCAAAGGAUCAUCCUUGUCACAUCGUCAUGUCUUUUGCAUUCGCGUUGUGCCAAUUUUGGACAUUCGCUAACGAUGUGUCAUACCGUUUCACCCCUCUCGCCACACAUUGAGACAGGUGUUUUCGCUCAAUAAACACUCACAGCGCUCGGUCUGGGAAUCGAAGCUGCGAUCCUAUGACCGCGAGUCAUAGAUAUUGCAAUACCUGGGGAUGCACAUAUAAGUGACAAAGAACUAGAAAAGAUUGAAAAUUACAGGCGAAACUGCAAGAAUGUGGACCAUCAGGAGAGUGUUUGUCGUUCCAGUAGCUGUGGGGGUACUUGGAGUACUAACAACCAAGUUUGUGAAAUAUAUCAGAGAAAUCGGAAUUGACAUGAGAGUAGAGCAAGCCUCAAAAAACUGCUCUGCUAGGAACAGCUAGGAUUUUGAGAUUGGUAUUAGGAUGUUAAAUGUCUCCCAUAAUGAUUAACAACCAAGUAUCAAAGCCUGAAGAAGGGUUGUUCAACGAUAUUGAAUGAAACACUCAUGUUUCUAGAUGUGAAUUAUCCAAACCCCAUAGAAUUCCUCUCAACACAUGGCUAUGAUGCUCCUCCAUUACUUCUGCUCGUGAUCAGGGAUACACAUAUCGUUAACCACCAAGGGACAUGGUCAACUGGUUAAGGUCACACAUCUGACAAGCAAAUCUGUGGUAUUGAACAGAAUAUUUAAAGCAACGACGGAGUAGAACCGUUGGCAUUCAGCACAAAAUGCUUAGCAGCAUUUCAUCCGUCUUUACGUCCUCAGUUCAAAUUCUGCCAACGUCCACUGUGUUUUUCCAUCCUUUCACGGUCGGUAAAAUUAGUACCAGUUGAAUACUGGGGUUGAUAUAAUCGACUUAACCUUCCCCUAAAAUUGCUGGCCUUGUAACAAAAUUUCAAGCGAUAGGCACAGGUGUGGCUGUGUGGCGAGACGCUUGCUUCCCAACCACAUGACUGAAACAAGUGAAAAAGGAAAACGAUUAUUAUUAUUAAAGAAAGCAGCAUCAGUAGUAGUAGUAGUAGUAGUAGUAGUAGUAGUAGUAGUAGUAGUAGUAGUAGUAGUAGUAGUAGUAGUA